CAGAAACAGCACAAUGCCUGCUUCGAGUGAUGCUGCUUCUCGACGGCGGCAAACGCGAUUACGACGAGAAUAUCUGUAUCGUAAAAGUUUAGAAGGGCGCGAAAAGGUCGUGUAUGAGCAAAAGCGCGUCGUCCGUGAGGCAUUGGCUGCUGGCAAACCCUUACCUCUGGAAGUUCGGGCGUCGUAUGACAAACUCAAGCGCGAAGUUGACUCUGAGGACAUAAAGACAGCCGAAGUCCACACGCAUGUGGAUGACGAAUAUGGUGAUGCUGGCCUAAUUGAGCCCCGCAUUUGUGUCACUACAAGUCGCAGUCCUUCAUCUCGAUUGAAGCAGUUUGCAAAGGAAAUCAAGCUUCUUUUUCCAAAUUCUACUAGAAUUAAUCGCGGUAACAACCGUGUUGACGAAUUGAUGGAAAGCUGUCGCCAGUCUGAGUUCAGCGAUGUCGUCAUUGUCCAGGAGACUCGUGGUGAGCCGGAUGGCCUGGUGAUUUGUCACUUGCCUUUAGGCCCCACUGCAUUUUUCAGUCUAAGUAACGCUGUAAUGCGGCAUGACCUUAAUCCUCCGGCAGCUCCCAUGUCAGAAGCUUACCCACACAUUCUUCUGAAUGGCUUUAAUAGUGAGCUGGGUAAACGAGCUGGCAAUAUACUGAAGUGUCUGUUUCCGGUACCCAGAGCAGAUUCCAAACGCGUCGUUACAUUUUCGAAUGAAAAUGAUUUUAUUUCCUUCCGUCAUCACAUGUACAGCAAAAUAUCACACGAUAACGUGGCUUUGCAUGAGGUUGGUCCACGUUUCGAGAUGCGUCUUUACCAGAUCCGGCUAGGAACGCUGGAACAGAAGGAAGCCGACAACGAGUACACACUUCGAUCAUUUCAAAAUACUUCAGCAAAGCGACAGGUGCUGUAG